AUGGCCGUUGACGAGGAGAAAAAGAAGAAGAAGGACAAGGAAGAGAAGAAGGAAAAGAAGGAAAAGGAGGAUAAGCCAAAGAAGGAGAAGGGGGAUAAGGAGAAGGGGGAUAAAAAGGAGAAGUCAGGCCGCGGUGCUCCUGUCGCCAAGCAGGCUCCGGCGAAUGACUACCUAGCAGGCAUUGAUCUUCCCUCUUCCGAUGAGGAUGAUGAUUUCGAGGAGCGGGGCCGUGUGGAUGAGGAGGCAACACGCGCACCUAUCAUGGCGGGGACCAGCCGCGACAACAAGAAACUGGCGGAUAAGGAACGAAAAGCUCUAGAAGCAGCCGUACGCGCCAAGGAGGAUGCGCUUCGAGAAGACGAGAAUGUCUUUGAUGUGUCUUACGAGGGCAUGGGAGAUGACGUGUCUGCCACAGCGACGGACGUAAAGGUCCAAAACCUGACGAUUCGUGCCAAAGGCAAGCUGCUUCUGGAGAACACGGCUGUUACCGUCGCGGCAGGGCGUCGCUAUGGGCUUGUGGGCCCGAACGGUCGUGGCAAGUCGACCCUAUUGCGGCUAAUGGCCCGCCGGCAGAUCCCUGUGCCCCUGAAUAUUGAUGUCCUGCUUGUGGAGCAAGAGAUUGUGGGCGAUGACAGGACCGCACUUCAGGCCGUAGUGGAAGCGGACGUGGAGCUCAUGCGGUUGCGGGAAGAGGAGAAGGAUCUUAUGGACCAGCUACAGGAUGAAGAAAAACAACCCGAAGACUUCGACCACGACACGGCGCAGGAACGCUUGAACGAGAUAUAUGAGCGCAUGGCCCAGAUCGGUGCGGCGAGCGCUGAGUCUCGUGCCUCAAAAAUUCUCCACGGUCUUGGUUUCACGGAGGCAAUGCAGAAGCGGGCAACACAAUCUUUCAGUGGCGGCUGGCGCAUGCGCAUAUCCCUCGCCCGCGCCCUUUACAUCCAGCCAACGCUGCUGCUGUUGGAUGAGCCCACGAACCACUUGGACCUUCGCGCGGUACUUUGGCUGGAGGAGUAUCUGAUGCGCUGGAAGAAGACACUCAUCGUUGUCUCGCACGACCGCGACUUCCUCAACUCAGUUACCACCGAUAUCAUUCACCUGCACGACAACAAGCUGCACCAAUAUCGUGGGAAUUUCGCGCAGUUUGAGGAGAUGUAUGAACAGAAGCGACGCGAGGUCAAUAAGGCUUAUGAGAAGUAUGAGAAGCAGCUCAAGGCAGCUAAAAGCGGUGGCGGAAAGGACGCCAAGGCGAAGGCGGAGAAGGUCACGAGCAACGCUACGAAAAGCCAGGCCAAGCGGAGAGGCAAUGUUGCAGACGACGGUGCAUCCAGCUCUGCCGCAUCUGCACCACAACGCUGGUCUGACUACACGGUGGAGUUCCACUUCCCGGAGCCCACGGAGCUGCCCCCGCCGCUCAUUCAGCUCAUCGAUGUGGACUUCAAGUAUCCGGGGAGGGACGACUUCGGGCUCAAAGGCGUCAAUAUGGGCAUGGACAUGGGCUCGCGGAUCGCGAUCGUGGGUCCCAACGGUGCAGGCAAGACGACUCUGAUGAACCUGCUGUCGGGUGAUAUCUCGCCAGUCAACGGCGAGUCCCGUCGCAGCCAUAAGCUACGCAUCGGGAGGUACGCACAGCAUUUCGUUGAUGCGCUGUCUUUUGACGAGAACCCCGUGGAGUAUCUGCUGAGUAAGUACCCCACCGCGGGCUUGAAACCGGAGGGCAUGCGCGCUAUGCUUGGGCGCUUUGGUCUGAGUGGGCAACACCACCUCACGCCCAUCUGCAAACUAUCCGGUGGUCAAAAGGCGCGUGUGGUGUUUACCUCGAUUGCGCUCAUGCAACCCCACAUCCUCCUGCUGGAUGAGCCUACUAACCAUCUGGAUAUGCAGUCCAUCGACGCGCUGUGCGACGCGAUCAGCGAGUUUGAGGGGGGCGUUAUCGUUAUCAGUCACGACGCGCAGCUGCUGUCACGGCUGUGCGAGGACGAGGAGCGCAGCCAAGUGCUCGUGGUGGAGGACGGCAAGAUUCGGCAGUACGCUGGCGACUUCGAAGACUACCGAGCGGAACUCAUUCGUGAGAUCACUGCUGAGCUGGAUGAGGAAUAAAAGGGGGGACGGCCAAAUCUGUUUCCGGGUGCCACGCACGGCAAGGGGGCGGAGGAGGGUGAGAGUAUUGAUUGUGCUAUGUUGCAGGAUGCAGCAGCAGGGUUUUCGAGUGGGGAGCCGUCAGUUAAGCGAGGAGAGGGGACUGUCCGAGGUCGUAGCGCAUGAGAGCUGUAUGUCCGGCAGCUAAUGCAUGCCCAGAGGCCACUUGCCCGCGGGUGUACGUAACUCCUUGACCAGUUUUGGGCGGGGCCUUCAAACAUGGAGAUGUUCGGUCAGAUGAGUGCGAGAUUGUGGCAUUGGCUGGACAGGAAGUAUGCAUGGUCUCUGAAGGGGGUUUGCUUCUUAGGUAGCGAUGAGGGCUGGGUGCAUUAGGUUUACGUCUGCGAAGCGGGUGGAGUGAUUGGUGCGCUUGCGAUUUCCGACCGUGAGGGGAGUGUGGGUAUGUGUGCGGAGAGGGUGCGUGGCCAUAUUGCGAUAUGACUGAAAUCUGCGUGCUGUUAUGACUAGUAAGGUUUGGGGAGCGUUUGUUCACGGCCUGAAUUGGGUUCUUCCCGUGCAGUAGGUAAUACCUGUAAGAACUCAGUCAACCAC